AUGCGUCCAAUCUUUUCUACUUCUGAGCCCCCUCCUGAACGAACCGCAGCACCCGUCGAGCAGCCGGACAGGAAGACCGAGACCGCCUGGACUGUUCUCGCUGCCCUGAAGGAAUUCCUGCAACAAGAAGCUAUCAAACAUGCCGAAUCCGCGCACGACUUGACAAGGGCUUCGCAGAGGGACCCUAUCAUAAUUGAUCGGUUCCGCACCUUUGCAGCUGAGGAGGUCGCUGUAUCCGGUGCGUCCCAGGAGUCCUUGAUUUGCCCCUGGGGGUCCCUUGGGUCCCGGCUUCACAUACGGCUCCACUGUCCUAGCUUGCUGGGGUACUCAAAAGGCUAUGCCGACUCUGUGUUGCACCAGUUCCAUGGGAGCACGGAUAACGCUGUUGCCCCUUCUAUAGCACUACUUGCAAGCAAAGGGAUGAUUGGCGACCUUCAAACGCUGGUCAGCGAGGCCUCAUACCGUGCCGAACCUACUCAUAAUCGGGCGAACCGGAAUGGACGAGCUCGAUUCCCUGAAGACUAUGGGCCCAACCUCCGCGCUAUCCACCAAGCCUUCGCUGAAUGGAUCUGGGACUCGAGUCAAGCCGGCGUUGUACUGCUUUUCGGGUGCGAAAAUGAGCGCCGUUUCUUGGAACGAUUCUCCCAGGCUGUACUGUUUCGAAUCCCCGGUUUCGAAGUGGUUACCGGGCGUGGCUACCUCAUCCUCGACGAGUACAGCAAUGUCUCCAGAAUUGUCAUCUGUGCUUCGCAUCCAGAACAUACAAUUCGGUUCGCCACAUACGUCCAGGCGAUGCAGCAGGAUCAUCUGCUCAAUCUAGCAGCCGCCCUGUCCGACAUCCCGUCCGAGGUGCGGUCGGCCUGGUGCACCCAAGUAAAGCAAGCCUGCCUGAUGCGUCUGUGUGACCACGCCAACCAGUUGUCGACAGUCCAAGACAUUUUGGCCAUCCUGCAAUGGGAAGCUCGCGGCGGAGUUGUCUCGCUUGACAUGUGCCCGCCCAAUGUCCACGAUCUGAUGGAGCAUUCCCAUGGCGGCGAGGGGAGCAUUUCAGGAGCACAGCAGGGAUUUGGUGCAAGGGAUAUGGAGCCUGCAAAACUCGUGGUUGUUCAAGAUGGGGCUAUUCACAAUAUGGAGGUCAUUGUCGGGCCCACCACCCUGUGGCAGCUGCAGGAGCACUCUCACUCCGAUGUCGAGUGGAAGGGUGUCCACGUCAAGGGAACCACCGGUACAAGGGGGUAUGCAUAA